CUUUUAAAAAUGAAUAUCUAUAUAUUAUGCAGUAUUAUAAUGACUUAGUUAAUUAAUACACCAAUGGGACAACUUAGUUCACGUGAAACCCAUGGCGUUGGAAGUUCCUUUCCAUCACCUUCUCGCAGUGGAUUAAACAACGGCAGUCAAAAUGGGACAAGCCAUCUGUACAGACCUGGAUAUUUGUGGCAAAUCUUCAAACAUCGGCGGGCAAGAAACUUUCGAAAUAGUUCAAAAGGUUGUCGACUAGAUGUGCUAGAAAAGUUUCCCGAUUUGUACUUGUUGCCGCCUGAGAUUGGAAUAGAAGUAUUAAAAAAUUUGAAUGCAACUGAUUUAUGCCUAGCUGCAUGUGUUUGGUCUGAUUUAGCAAAUGAUGAGAUGUUAUGGGAAGGUCUUUGUAAAAAUUCGUGGGCCUAUUGUACGGCCUACAAGUCAUGGAAAGAUGAAGGAAAGUCAUUUAAAAAGCUUUAUCUUCUUCUUGAUGAAGGGAGUCUCACAUUUAACGCAGAGCCUUUAUGGGGCAUGAAAUACCUUUUUGAAAAUCACAUCCUCGAUGAUAAUGCCUCUGAGAUUGCCAUGUUUUUCCAUGGAACAAAUCAACUAGUCUGGCAAAAAGUACGUCAAUAUCUGAACACUCGAAAUGACGUGUUAGAUGAGUUAUUGAAGUUGCAAAGUUUUAAAAAUCAGUUCCUUCCUAAUGCAUUGAGAAAAUUUUUCCAGGCAGUCGAUGCUCCGAUUUCUAGAGGUGAAUAUCUUAAUUUGCUCAUUGAUAAGUUUGCUGUGAGAUUUUGCAACGAUAAUCCUGAUAUUGCUCUUGUACCUGAGAUUGUUGCGAUACUGUGUUACUCUCUUAUAUUACUCUCUGUUGAUUUGACUAGUCCACAGGUCAAAAAUAAAAUGUCAAAACGGGAAUUUGUACGCAACGUUCGUUCAGCGGUUGUGGAAUACAGUAGACAACACGCCCAAGGCAAUAUUCAACUACAAAAUAGAAGAGGCAUGCCCCAAGAGAAUAUAGGGCCAAUUCAGGCAAUUGCGGCGGUUGAUUCCGAUUUUGCAGGACAUUUGUAUGAUAAUAUUUAUUUGGUUGGACAUAUUGCUCCACAACGAUGGAAAGAUGAUCAAGGCUAGAAUUCUCUCCGUUGUUCUGUGAUACAUGUUGUUAUCAUAGGUCUGUUGUUGUGAUUUUUCUCUAACUUUGAUUGUUAUUGUUAUCCGCAGUAUGUUUGCAACAUUUAUGGUGUGAGAACAAAUAUAAAGUCUCUUUCAUUUGGUACUUUUAGAUGUAUAAUUUACUGUGAAUAUAUAUCAUUUCCAUUGUACCAUUAAUUCAUCUUCUUUCCUCAUCUAUUAUAUGAAACAGUAAUUUCUUGUAAUUUUUCUCGUUUGUUGAAACUACAAAUUCAACACAUGGGAAUAAAGCUGAUUUUAUUAUUUCAUAUACUAGUUCAUACUAUAGUUGCGAAUAUAUAUAUAUUUUUGCCUUGUGUCAUUAUUGUCUGUAUGUAACUUUAUGCCACUUUCCAACCGAGUAUCUAAUUUAUGAUAAACUGCCUUAACGAGCUGCAAUUGAUAUAAUUGAAAUCUCUUUAAAUAAGGUACUUAAAUAAUGAUCUAUAACUAAAUUUACUAAAAAAUUAUUGUUUUAUGCCAGUAAUGGUCUUUGUUGAGCAUGAUGGAGUCUGACAAUGAUUUGCUAGAUGUCUUCAUCCACAUCUCAUAGUCGGAGCAUUGUAUUUUCAACUAGGUUAACACAAAGUUGGGUUCCCUGUUCAACCAACCUUAUUACCUAAUAGAAGGCCAUUUGUAAAACCUUGUAGCAAAACGAUGUCGGUGUAGGAUCAUUGGUUAUUGUGGUGUAUUAAUAAUAAAUGUGACUAUACUUUUCUGCAGUGCUUGGUGGAUUAUUUUGUAAUUUUUUUUGUCUGCGUGUUUUUGUCAAAUACAUAAAUUUUUAAGUGUAAGUUUAACAUUUGAACACCUAAGCGAUAAUUUUCUAACGAGUCGCACUCUUAUGUUUGUACCUCGAAUAUAAUUAAUUUGAAACUUGCUGUCAUUGACAACUCUCAUUAUAUAGAUAACUUGUGGUUGAACAAAACUAUAUUUUGUGUGUGGCGGCAAUUUAUUUUUCCAUAAUUAAUCUAUAUACUUUAAAAAGGCACUAAUUUCUCAUUGAUAAAGCACGUGCAAAACACAUCCAAAAUGGCACAAUAUUUGUAUUUAUUCAUUUGUGCCCAAGUUUUGACUGAAAUCAUUUACCGGUAUUGUUCAAUUUUCUAAUACAUUAGUAAUUGAUUUCACAACUAAGUUAAUUAUAAUGAUAUAUGUUUGGGAUAUAGAGUUUUGAUUUGAUACCACCAGUAUGUCUUGUUAAGCUUUAGAAAAGUGGAUUUUGAAAUGUCUUGUUAGACUUUAUUUUUCUACUCUAAAUGGAUAGUGAUUUAUAAAUGGGCUUGAAUCAAGGAUACCAUAUCCAUAUUUGUUUAAAAUUAUCUCCUGUUGGUAUUAUUAGUUUUAAAUGAGUUAUUAAUGAUUUUCAUUUAUAUGCUUGUAAUUGUAACUAUAUCCUAUGCUUGUUAUUUUUUUUUCAGAAGUAUCUUAUAAAAUGGAAAAAGUCGAAUAUGUUUUGACAAAUAUACCAUUAGUUCUGGAAAGGAUAUUUAGUUUUUUGUCGGCCAGAGAUUUAUUACGUUUACAAUCAGUUUGUAAAUCAUGGAAAUCUUGCUCUGCAGAUGUUCUUCGUGGGAGAAAAAGUGUGAAUCAAGUGGAAUAUAUCACUUAUGUGAAAAAUUGUGAUGAGGAUAAACAAACUGUAAAAUUUAAGAGAUCAAACAGACAAAUGACAUGGAAAAAGAACUCUAGUAUGUACAAAGAAUUUUCUGAGUGGAGAAAUGAAUGGCAUUGUGCACCGACCGCGGGGAUAUCUGUCUCUAUGUCAAAUGAUCGUAUAAUCAAUAGUUUCAAUUAUGAUCAUGAAAAUAUGAUACGAUAUUGGCUUCCACCUGCGAAUAAAUUACUAACUCUAAGGUCAGUGUACAGUGUUGUAUGUGUGGAUAGUGAGAAAGCUUCAAUAGAGAAUAUUGUUGAUGAUAUCAGUGAUGUUUUCAAUUAUAUAUCAUUUCCACAGAGUUUAUCAAACUUAUUUUCUGUCAAUUAUUUCAAUCUGGAAGAAGAACAUUCAAGUGAGGAUCAUGAUAAGUUUAUUCAAACUGUUGGUGACGAACUUGAACAUUGUGACACCAAGUUAGUUUUUGUGUCAGUAGUUUCAAAAGAUUCAUCUUUGUCACCUUUACACAAGAAUAUACUGAAGCCGGCAGCUUGUCGUGGGGUUGUUGUUAUUGGGUGCAUUUUCGAAACUUUAAUUAUUUUUAAUCCUGAUAAUGGACCAGCCAAUAGUACCAAUGGUAUUCAAGAUUAUGUAAUAGUAUCUUUUAAAGGUAAAAAUGUACGUUCUGCAUCAGUUUUGGUAGGAUCUCAUGUUGACACUAUCAAAGAAUUAAAUGCAUGUUUAGAAACGCUACAGGAAACUGUAAAAUCUUUUGGUGCCAACUGCCCAAAUAUGUGUAAAUUCAAAAAUAAAUUUGGCCAUUGUGCAUCUUGUAAUUCGCAAACUUUGGGCUUCAUGGUAGCUUGUUGCUCUCGUGCUAAUCCUCAAGAAUGGUACGUUGAAGAAGAUACUGAUGAUUUUGCAGACGUUCCACGUAAUCUUGAACAAGAAGCAUUUAGAAAAAUGAUUCCAAAUGUUCCGCUCUUGGGAAUAUAUGGAAUGGGAGAAAUUGGAGGUUUCAUAAAUCUCAUUGGCCACCAAGAAAAACUUUUUGACCAGAACAGUGAUCUGAUAAAAAGAGAAAGCACUGUUUUUGCAGUGGUAAUGUUGAAAUAAUCAUCUCAGCAUACACUUUCUGUGCUUUCAACUUUUUUGUUGUGAUUUGUGUUUAAUUGGUUAAAAUCUUUAAAAUCAUUAUUGUAAUACUGUAGCCAGUCUUCAACCUCAAAUGGGACAACCAGAAUGGCAUAUGUUAUUGUCUGACGAACUGCAAAUCAAAGUCAGAUAUAGGAUUAGGAGAUGAUUGCUGUUCAAUGCAUGGCUAGUAUAUGUACUUUUAUAGUACUACUGGUAAUACUUUUCGCUAAUAUUUUUUUUAUUGUUGGGAGUGGGACAAUCAAAAUCAGUUUUUCCAAUGUAAAAUAUGAGACAAUUCUGAAUUUUUCCUUAUUCUAGAAAUACUUCUGGACUGACAAUCUAACGUGUCUCAUCUUUUCUAUUUCAGCCUACUCUCUUUCCUUUUUGAAGGCUUUGAAAAUGCUAAACUGUUUAAAAAUGUCUAAUAUGAUAUUGAUGAUGCAGCAAAGUCUUUAUCAGUGCUCUAUACUCGAAGUGAACUAACUAUUAAUACUUUAAAUACUGUAAAAUAAGGCCUUUAGAAAAAAAUAACAAUGUUCUGUCUUUUUCGAGUCAUGCACCACUCUUUUCAGUUGUAUGUUCACUACCAAAUUUGUUUUAAACUUCAUUAUUUUUAUUUUGUUCCCACUUUGCGACUGUGAGAAUCUUUCUCUAUAUUUUAUUCUAUAUACAUAUUGCCCUUUUUUCAAUAUUAUCAUUUAGCAGAAUUUUCAGAAUAAUUCUGCUAUCCUAUGGUAUUUUUCACAUUAGUCGAAUAGUGGACCAUUUUGGUAUUGCUGAUUAUUGUUUCCAUUCAUUGGAAUACUAGGUUGAUAAUGUCGCUUAUUUCGACAAUGGUUGUGUGAAUUCAAUCAUGAAACACAUGCCGGUACUUCGUUGAUUUUUUUCUUUGUAAAAUUUGUAACAAGUGAAACAAGUAAGGGCAUUAUUCAACCUCUUGUUUCGUUU